AUGGAGAUGAUAAAGGGUAGAGAGCAGUGUGUCUUUUUUGCAAACCAAGGAAGGGAACAUGAACCUGAAGGGAAAGAAAGGAAUCAGGAUUCUCUAACUGCUUGCUCUCAAUAUCAUGGUCAGCUUUCUAGUUCUCAUUAUAUUUUAGGGUGGAGUUUUAAAAUCAAUGGAGAAGCUGGAGCUCUUGAUCUCUCUUCUCUUCCUUCAAUUCCUCAGAAAAAGAAAAAGCAGACAGUUACUGAGAUAUUGAAAUGGACGGGGACUUCACUUGCUAUAGUGGCUGGAUUUAUCAUUGUACUCAUCUUGGCUAUUUUUUUCUUCAUUAGAUGGAGAAGAUUUCGACUAGAAGCAAAGUUUCUAUUUGACUUAAAGAGUGAAGCAAAGGAGCUUGAGAUUGAUGGAAAGAAAGGCUUCAACUUGAAAAUAUUUAGACUGUCAUCAAUUAUGUUAGCAACAGAGAACUUCUCAUCUCAAAGUAAACUUGGAGAGGGUGGGUUUGGACCGGUUUACAAGGGUUUGUUGCCUGACGGCCAAGAAGUAGCAAUAAAGAGACUAUCAAAAAGAUCAAAACAAGGACUAGUAGAGUUCAAGAAAGAGCUUAUAAUAAUAGCUAAAUUACAACAUACCAAUCUGGUGCGGCUCUUGGGUUUCUGCAUUCAAGGCCAAGAGAAAAUUUUGGUCUAUGAAUACAUGUCAAAUAAAAGUUUGGACACUUAUAUAUUUGAUGCUAAUGAAAGAAGGUUGUUCAAUUGGAAAAAAUGUUUUAACAUGAUUGAAGAAAUAGCUCACGGACUGCUUUAUUUACACAAGUAUUCAAGAUUGAGAAUAAUUCAUAGAGACUUAAAAGCCAACAACAUAUUGCUUGACAAAAAUAUGAAUCCUAAGAUAUCCGACUUUGGGUUGGCAGAAGUGUUUGCCACAGCUGAAUCUGAAGCAAGUACAAAUAGAGUUGUGGGAACACGUGGUUAUAUGGCUCCUGAAUACGCUAUAGGCGGGGUAUUCUCUGAGAAAUCUGAUGUAUUUAGUUUUGGAGUGUUGGUUUUGGAGAUCAUAAGUGGUAAGAGGGGGAACAACAUUAUCUUUUAUGAUGACAUACCUCUCAACCUUGUUGGAUAUGCAUGGCAGUUGUGGAAGAAAGGUUCAGCCAUGGAGCUAAUGAAUCCUUCACUUCGUAAUUCAUGUUGUGAAGAGCAGGUUCUGAGAUGCAUUAACUUGGCUCUGCUUUGUGUUGAACACAAUCCAAUAGACAGACCUAUCAUGUCAGUAGUUGUUUCUAUGUUAACAUUAACAAGUGAAGGUGUAAAAUUACCAGUGCCAAAACAGCCUGCAUUUUGCAUGGAAAGAAAGAUUGUUGGGGACAAUGCGAGUGGCACAAACAAGGCAGAGAAUACAACAAAUAACUUAACUAUAUCUGUGAUGGAUCCACGAUGAAGGACGCUGAGAAACAUCUCCCCAUUAGUUCAGAUUGGACCUUUUUCCUUGAAUAAGGUGAAUUGCAAUAAUAAUGGAGCACUCUUUUUUCCUUCCUUUCAUGCUAUUUUUACAGUGUACUUCUAGUCAAGGGACUUCCAUAUAAACUACCCACUCAAACCCAUAGAAAACAUAGUUUAAGAGACUUUUGAUUGUACUUCAAACCUUAUCAUAUCAAAUCUACAAAAACAUAGUUUAAGAGA